UGAAAGAAGCUCAAAAUCGUGCUAAGAAACCCAAAAAAAUGGCUGCUAUACCAUUAAUGUACGCUCAGGAAGACUGCGAACUCGGUGGAAAGGAAUCUAUAGAGGAUGACUUUGCAUACAGAAACAAUGUGGUAAAUGCUGAUAAAGAGAUCCGACUGGCCUUCAUCCGGAAAGUCUAUGGACUGUUAUCCAUACAGCUGUUGACCACUGUUGCUAUUGCCUCUGUGUUCCUUCUCGUUGAGCCAGUACAGGGUUUUAUACAUCGAAAUGACUGGACCGUGUUCAUAGCAUUCAUCUUAAGCAUGGUGACACUAUUCGCACUGAUCGCUAAACGACGAGACCACCCCGCCAAUCUUUUCCUUUUGGCGGCCUUUACUGCUGUCCAAGCCUUCACCAUUGGUGUGGUUGUGUCAUACUACAACACUUCAGUAGUGCUACAAGCACUUGGGCUCACAUUUGCCACUGUCACUGGUCUCACCAUUUACACACUCAACACUAAACGGGACUUCUCUUUCAUUGGAUAUGGUUUGAUAGCCGGACUUACAGUUCUUAUCAUCGGCGGCUUUAUGCAGAUCUUCAUCCAAAGCUCCGCGUUCGAAAUAGCCCUUUCCUUCGUUGGUGCGUUCCUCUUCGGACUAUUCCUCAUCUUCGACACUCAACAAAUGAUGACCGUACUUUCACCCGAAGAAUACAUUCUAGCUACCAUCAAUCUCUACAUGGACAUCCUCAACUUGUUCCUCUACAUCUUGCGCAUUUUGAACGAGUUGAAUAGAAACUGAACAGUAUUUUUUAUUUACUUAAUUUAAUAGCGCAGCAUUCCGUGGAGUUUUUAAACUUAUUUUUGUCCAAAAUCAGUUUCUAAACGUAAUUUUAAACACUUCAAAAAGGUUGUGGUAUUUCAUACUACUUACUUAGCUUAGCAGCACUACAUUUGUGAAAAAGCUUGUGUAAAUUCAGAGUCAGCUUACUUGAUUUCUAUUUCUUAUGCAUUAUCUGAAGCAACAAACACUGCUUUAGUUAAAUAUACCAAGGUACCUGUAUGAACUGUUAAACAAUAUAAGACGUACCUUUAUGAACUGUUAAACAAUGCAACAGAAUGUGUGCUAUAAUUAAUGGCCCAUACAAGACAAUACAAUACACGACAUAUUAACUGUAUUAUUAUAAAUCGAUCAAAAUUUUCAAAACAAGAAACAACAUUGUUCUGUCAGUUAACCUUGUUUGAAAGUCGCAUUUCUCUUUUCUAGUAUCAACUUCUUCCUUCCUUGAGAUUUUCAUAGUUUAAAAACACAUUUCAAUCAACAUUUUCCUUAUUGUAAUAAAUUCAUAAUAUCUAGUAAGUACAUCUUUGGCAGUAAUAAAUCCUUGGCUGUGACAGCUUCUAUUCACGACUAAUUUCGAUAAAACAGACUAGGUUAUUCCUUAUAUCCCUUUCAAUUAAACGUUUUUGAGUUAACGA